CCGGCUGCGCCUCCGCCAGGCCCCGCCUGCCGCAGCCUCUGCGCCGCCGCGGCGCCGAACCUGUCCUACCAGGAGCUCAAAGACUUGAAGAAGGCCAACGUCCUUCACAUCGACGUGCGGGAGAGGUGGGAGAUCGACAGGUUUGGGAAAAUCCCCGAGUCCAUCAACAUACCGCUGGGUGAAUUAAUAGAAGCUCUACAAAUGGACCCAACGGAGUUCAAGGAGCAGUAUAAUCAAAAAAUGCCAUCCAAGUCAGACCCUGUGGUUUUCUCCUGUUUGGCAGGAACAAGAAGUAAACAAGCACUUGGUUUUGCCAUGUCCUUGGGUUUCAGCAGAGUUCAGCAGUAUGCUGGUGGCUUUGACGACUGGGUAAAACAUGAACCUCCAGAAAAGAAAUGAAGAUGACAGCCCCACCCACAUGGAUGUUCACCUUCAAACAGCCAUACAUAUCAACUGUCUAGUUUAAAUUAUACCCAAAGACUAUGACACAAACAGAGGACAUUACAUUUGCUCAACAUUUCAGCCUUUACUUUGGGUUAUGGUUUUGAUGAAUGCAUGUGAAGAGAACCUAAGUGCAGAUUCUGUUUACUUUUUUUGUAUGAUGUAGUUUGUGACUGUUUAAACUAAUGAUGAUAGGACAAAUAAAAUUAUUAUUUCUCAAGUA